AUGAACGAAAAGAGAAAAAGAAAACCCACCAAGAUCACCACCACGACCACCACCUCUCUUACUCUCUCCGAAAACAUGCAACCGCCGACAACCACCACUAAAAAAACCCUAACACUAACCCCAUCACGUCUAAAAGAUCUCUUACUAAUCAUAUCCUUCCUAAUAAUAAUCUACCUCCUCUUUUGCUCACCGCCACCUCCACUUUCCUUAAUUCAACGCACCACCACGUCCCCUUCCACUGCCACUACGCGCCGCCAUAUCGUCUUCUCCAUAGCAUCCUCUUCUACUUCUUUCAUUCACCGCCAACCUUACAUUCGCCUAUGGUACAACCUCACCACCACGCGUGCUUUCGCCUUCCUCGACCGGAAAAUUGUAAACCCAACUAAAAAUAACAAUCACUCCAUUGUUGACCUCUCGCUCCCUCCUGUAAUGAUCUCCAAAGACACAUCUCCCUUCCCUUAUACCUUCAAAGGUGGCCUUAAAUCCGCCAUUAGGGUGGCGCGAGUAGUAAAGGAAGUAGUGGAGCUUAAUGAACAGGAUGUUCGUUGGUUUGUGUUUGGCGAUGAUGAUACUCUGUUUUUUGUGGAGAAUUUGGUUACUGUUUUGUCAAAAUAUGAUCAUAAUGGAUGGUUUUAUGUGGGAACGAAUUCAGAGAGUUAUCUUCAGAAUGUGAAGAAUUCAUUUGAAAUGGGGUUUGGUGGAGGUGGGUUUGCGAUAAGUUAUCCGUUAGCUAAGGUUUUAGCUAGGGUUUUAGACUCAUGUUUGGUGCGUUAUGCUCAUUUAUAUGGGAGUGAUGCAAGGAUUUUCUCUUGUUUGGCAGAGUUGGGUGUUGGUUUGAGUCAUGAACCAGGGUUUCAUCAGGUUGAUAUGCGAGGGGAUUUGUUUGGCAUGUUGUCUGCGCAUCCAUUGUCACCUUUGGUGUCUCUUCAUCAUUUGGAUGCUGUGAACCCUGUCUUUCCAAAUAUGAGCAAGACUGAGGCGUUGGAACACCUUUUCAAAGCUGUGAAUGUCGAUCCUGCUAGGAUUUUGCAGCAAACUGUUUGCUAUGACACUAUAAAUUCAUUGACUGUUUCAGUUGCAUGGGGAUAUUCUGUUCAGGUUUUCGAAGGCAAUGAGUUUCUUCCAGAUCUUCUUACACCUCAGAGAACCUUUCGGCCAUGGAGGAGAGGUGCAAAUGUUGAAUUCACUCAUUUUAUGUUUAGUACAAGAGAAUAUCCCAGAGAUGCCUGUAAAAGACCUCUUGUCUUUUUCAUGGAAAGUGUUACAUCUGGUAAAAAUGGCAUUUGGAGCAAUUAUGCCAGGCAUGAUGUUGCGGAUUGUACUAGAGAUGAUUCCAUAAAGAAUCUGGAACUUGUUAGAGUAUUUUCCCAGAAACUAGAACCGGAUAGCGAACAGGAGUACAUGCAGAAGAUUGUUAGAUUCAAUACAUCAUGCUGGCGUAGUUUGAAUUUGCAAUGGUUGGAAUGGUUAAUUCAGAGGAAAGCAUUCUCACAUUUGCUGCCAGCUAAAGGCUCCAGCCUUAAAUUCGGUACAAGGUCACUGAAUGUUAGUUUCUCUUCAUACCUCCUUCAAAUGCAUUUUCGUAAGCUAUUGCCUGCCAAAUCCCACUCUCCUCGGUUUAUCAACUUUGUUAUAGGCUCGUUUUUUGCUUGCAUCAUCUGCCUUCUUGUGUCACUCUUCCUGGUAGGCACUUCCAGGCUUGUGCAUAUAAAUUCAUCUCCAAGAAAUGUGCAUGCUCCAACAACUCUUGAUCAUUUUGUAUUUGGAAUUGCUUCAAACAAAAACUCAUGGCGGAAAAGAAAGGAAUAUGUUAAGCUGUGGUGGAAACCAGACCAAAUGCGAGGAUGUGUGUUCCUGGAGAGCAUGGAAGAGGAUCCAAGUUCCUACAAUGACAGUAGUGCUCUCCCUCCUGUAUGCAUCUCUGAGGACACCUCUCGGUUUCGUUACACCUAUCGAAAUGGUAUUCGGUCAGCAAUUCGUGUGGCACGUGUAGUUUUUGAGACUGUGGCACUCAAUCAUUCUGAUGUGCGGUGGUUUGUUUUUGGGGACGAUGAUACGGUCUUCUUUCCCGAGAAUUUGGUGAAAACUCUUUCUAAGUAUGAUCACGAGCUUUGGUACUACGUAGGAUCUAAUUCGGAGAUUUAUGAGCAGAAUAGAGAAUUUGGCUUUGAAAUGGCUUUUGGGGGUGGAGGAUUCGCCAUAAGUUAUCCACUUGCAAAAGUUCUAGCAAAGAUUUUCGAUUCUUGUAUAGAACGAUAUCCACAUCUCUAUGGAAGUGAUUCCAGGAUCUAUUCUUGCUUAGCAGAGCUUGGCGUGGGAUUGACUCGUGAGCCUGGUUUCCAUCAGAUUGAUAUUCGGGGCGAUUCGUUUGGCUUGUUGACUUCACACCCAUUGGCACCGUUGGUAUCUCUGCAUCAUUUGGAUCACCUAGACCCCAUCUUUCCUAACAUGACAACUAUGAAUUCAAUAGAGCAUUUCUUUAAAGCUGUAAAUAUUGAUUCCCAGAGAGUUCUGCAGAAAACAGUUUGCUAUGAUCGUUGGUUUGGGUGGACUAUUUCUGUGUCAUGGGGCUAUGCUGUCGAGGUAUAUGGGAAUCAUGUAUUUUUACCCGAUAUUCUCCCAGUGCAAGGAACAUUCAGGCAGUGGAAAAGAGGAAAUGGUUUGGCUGGGGUGUACACUUUUAACACAAGAGAACCUCAUCCUGACAUAUGCCGAAGGCCAACAAUUUUCUUUCUGGAUCAUGUGUCUACUGGCCGGGAUCGAAUUACGAGCCUUUAUAAGAAGAGUUUUGCAAAUUGCUCAUAUGACAAGGCUUCACCAAGGAAACUAGAAGAGAUUAAAGUGUAUUCUCAGAAGCUUGAUCUCAGUGAUAAAGAGCUUCGGGCUCCGAGGAGGCACUGUUGUGAUGUUUUACCUCCUUUUUCCGGACAAGUGAUGGAAAUUGCAAUUAGAGAAUGCCAAGAAGAAGAACGGAUAUAUAUGCAUUGA